AUGGACGUUGAUAUAUCAGACAUCCUCGCUUCUGUAUCAGCGCCGGCAAUACCACAGCGAACUCUCGAUUUGCAAGCACUGACCCGAGCAUGGAUCAACGAGCGAAGUUCGCCAGAACUACUACCAUAUCCCACCGCCUUGAUCGAGAGAUGCACAAAUGCAGUAAAGAGCCAGGUCAGCAGCAGAAAGAGUGGCUGAUCCGGACAAGUAUUGAAGGAAGCCACAGAUUGAAAUCAUAGAGGACAUGAGCGGCGCCAUGGAUCCUGCUUCCAAUUUCACCUUGGUCAUACUUCAGACGGAACUGGAGAGAGUCAAGUUUCUGCUGAGAUCCUUCUUGCGAGCGCGGAUAGCAAAGGUAGAGAUCACAUAUCGGUGGGUACCGGCAUUGUUGCUGAAGUGCUACAUGGCAGAUCGAUAAAUACCCAAUCCACUACCGCGACCAUCCAGGGUCAGAAGACCAGCCCACUCUCUCACCUCUUGAGUCUCGAUACCUGGAGUCUCACUCAGCCCUGCUAUCCUCACACUACCAUUCCUCCUUCCUCUCGCAAUUCCCAACACAACUACAAAAGCUCGAUGACACAGGCGGGGGCAUCAGUAUGGUCGACAAACCCGAUGAAGACACAGCUGUCUUCUGCCGGGUGCUGCGAGAUGGCUACGCUCUAAGGCCAGUGGACGACGAUAUCGAACUCAAGAGAGGGGAUGUAUGGGUGCUGCGUUGGAGUGCUGUGAAGGAAAGCGUGCGUAAGGGAGAUGUUGAGCUGAUAUGA